GAAACAAUAUUCAUUUUUUGUUUGGCCUACAGUUCGUUGGUCCCAUUUACGAUCAAAGAUGACUGAGGUGGCCAUUAAUUACAACGCUGACCUUGACUUUUACACUGCCGUUGAGCGAUCAGUUUAGGCGCUCACCAUUACCGAGUUUUAUAGUAGGUUCAGCUAGAUAUGGCCGUCUCAAAAGCUGGAGUUUUGUCCUUCAUUCUGCCAGUUUUCUUGGCAGGUUUAGUCACCCGUCCUCUGAUCAUUAAAGAUUACGCGAAGCAGCUCGCUAAUCACGUCCAGAAUGCCAACAUUUCGGUUGAGGUUGUGUCUGAGAAAAUCAACCAAGUCGUCCACAGUUCUGACUUCAAGUUUGUUCUUGUCUACGGACUUGCUGCCGUGCUGACUUAUUUGGCUGUUCAGCUGUACAAGGCGGUGACUGAGCCCUUGGCACUCUACUGCGACGAGACCAAAUAUACGUAUUUAGUGGACGGCCCAGCCGACGGGAAAUCGGCUGAGGAACGAGUGCGGGAUUUGAAGAGAUGUCGGAAGGUUGGAGACGUUCCCCCUGUUUACCCGAAUGGCUGGAUGUCUAUCCUGAUGUCGUCUGAAUUGAAGAAGAAGGAGCACAAAUUCGUUGCCGUUGCUGGUAAGAACUUGGUGGUAUUCCGAGGAGAAAGUGGGCGGCCCUACGUCGUUGACGCCUACUGUGCUCAUCUAGGCGCCAAUCUGGCCAUAGGUGGCUCAGUGCACGGUGAAUGUAUCGAAUGUCCCUUCCAUGGCUGGAGUUACCGGGGAGAAGACGGCAAGUGCGUCCAUAUUGGAUACGCUGAAAAAGUACCCGACUUUGUGAAGAUCCCCACCUACCAGUCCUGCGAAGUCAAUCACAGAAUCUGGCUGUGGUACCAUGCUGAAGGCAAGGAGCCCGACUGGCAAGUCCCGGAGCUCGAACAUCUAACUAAUGGGAAACUUCAACCUGUUGGCUUCACGGUUUGCGAACUCGACAGCCAUAACGAGGACACCCCUGAAAACGGAGCUGAUGUCGCCCAUCUAGAUUACCUUCACGGGCCGAGGGCUUUCGUUGGUCAGGCCCACUUUACCGACGUCAGCUGGGAGCCACACCCUACCGAAAAGCAUGUGGCUUUACUUCGUAUGUCCACCAAACCCCCGUAUUUUUUUGGUCUGCUCAAUCUGCCGGCAAACACCGUCCAAAUUGAGCAGAUAGGACCCUGCUUCGCCACUUUACACCUGGACAGUCCCGUACUGGGUGAGCUUCAACUGAUAAUAUCCGUCACUCCUGUUGGCCCCAUGCGACAGAGGAUUGUGACCACUGGGUAUACCCGGAGAGGACCCAUCUCAUUCUACAUUGGCAAGAAGGCCUUGUAUGAACAGUACUACCAGAUUUGGGGUGACCUUCCGGUGUGGGCCAACAAGAAGUACGUUCGUAACCCCCCGUUUGUGAAGGAAGAUCAUCUGAUAGCGAAACAUCGCCGAUUCUUCGCCCAGUUCUACUCCGAGAACAGCCCCAAGUACGACCCGAAAGACGAAUCUAUGGAUUGGUAAAAUUACCGUCUAAGGUUAAAAAGAGAGUCGCUCAACUGAAGGGGUCACUUUUACAAAUUUAAUAUGUGUGCCUACUAGUGUAGCGGUCUAGAUUAUUUGAAUUAUUUCCUCUUGUUCGCUUUUUUUAUUCAGAUAAACUAUAAACAUUAAGCAAUUGUCAUGAAGAGAAAUUGUAAGUGUAGUAAUUGCCACAUACGAUUUGAUAUCGUGAGUGUAAUUGCUUCUUUAUAAUGUACUACACUUUAUCAGAAAGAAUCCACACAAUUUUUCACAAACAUGGAUGACGAGGCGUUAAUUUUAUUUUAUUUUGUAAAUGCAAUUACCCUUUCGCUUGCCAAAACAUAUACGUAAUCUUAGAUAAUCACUAUACUAAUUUCGGUUAUUUUCUAAUGUCGCAUAUUUCACAAUUUAAGCGGAACUGCCUGAAAACCAUAAUAAACAUUCAGUUGAAACGAU